UUUCUUUUUCUGUUUCCCUAGAAAAUUUGGUAUAUAAAACAGAAAAUCUUUCAUGGGUUUGUAUCGGUUUUAGGUCAUUGUAAGAAAAAUUCGUUCUUUCUUUUGCAGUAGUAGUUCAGAUGACGACGACGACGACGACGAUCAUGAAGCACGUGUACACUCAGAUUUCCAUCUCUCCUUCUUCAGGUUUCGCUUGAGCAAGAAGACGACUCCAUCAUCGACAACACUAAUCCUGUCUUCUUCUUCUUCUUCACUGAAAUCACUCUCAGUCUCAACAGUUGAUUGCAUAAUCAAAUGGGUUGAUUGAUUCAUUGUCCAAGAAAAUCACACCACACCAACACAAUAAGAAUAAGUUCAGUGAAAAUAAACUCAGUUCAAGAAACUAUAAAGACAAAUAAAUAAAAAUAUUUUGAAGAAGAAGAUUUAAUUAUGGCGACGUACUUUCAUGGGAAUCCAACUGACCUUCAAGCUCCAGACGGUCUUCAAACUCUCGUUCUCAUGAACCCAACAACUUAUGUUCAUCACCACCAGCAACAUCAAUUCUCUGACACCACUCCUCCGCCGCCGCAACAGCCACCGCACAACAAUCUCAUUUUUCUCAAUUCCCCCCACGCGCCGGCGGCGCCACCUCCUAACAACGCUCCCCACUUCGUUGGCAUCCCCACCACCUCUCCUGACGACAACAUCUCCCCUCUGCAUGGCCUUCUCCCCCGCCUUCAUUACAACCUCUACAACGCCAAUUACCCCACCCCGCCAGCGCGUGACACCCCACGCGCCAAGCAGGGACUCUCGCUGAGCCUCUCCCCGCAGCAGCAGGUGGGUUACGGCCAAGGCCAGGCGGUUUCAGGUGAAGAUGUGAGGGUCUCGGGUGGGUCGGCGUCGUCUGGUUCGGGUGUCACCAAUGGAGUUUCGGGUAUGCAAAGUGUUUCGGGUAUGCAAAGUGUGUUGCUGAGCUCCAAGUACUUGAAGGCCGCUCAAGAGCUUCUUGAUGAAGUUGUUAAUGUGAAUAAUAGUGGGAUUAACAGUAAAAACGACUUCUCAAAGAAGGGAAAUGGAAAUAGUAGUGGAAAUACUAAUAAAGUGAUGGGAGAACCAUCGGCCGCCGCGUCGGGAGACGGUGGAGACGCCGCCGGGAAGAGGUCCUCCGAGAUAACCACAGCGGAGAGGCAAGAAAUUCAGAUGAAGAAAGCAAAACUUAUUAAUAUGCUUGAUGAGGUGGAGCAGAGGUACAGGCAGUACCAUCAGCAGAUGCAGCUUGUAAUAUCUUCAUUUGAACAAGCAGCAGGAAAUGGGUCAGCAACAACAUACACAAGCCUUGCACUCAAGACAAUUUCCAAGCAGUUUAGGUGCUUGAAGGAUGCAAUUACAGGUCAAAUUAGAGCUGCAAAUAAGAUGUUGGGUGAAGAAGAUUGCCUCGGAGGAAAACUCGAAGGCUCGAGGCUGAAAUUCGUCGACCACCAUCUUCGACAACAACGAGCUCUUCAACAAUUGGGAAUGAUCCAGCACAAUGCUUGGAGACCCCAGAGAGGCCUUCCCGAAAGAUCAGUUUCAGUUCUUCGCGCUUGGCUAUUCGAACACUUUCUUCAUCCUUAUCCGAAAGAUUCGGACAAGCAGAUGCUCGCGAAGCAAACAGGGCUCACCAGGAGCCAGGUUUCGAAUUGGUUCAUCAACGCUCGAGUUCGGCUCUGGAAACCGAUGGUUGAGGAGAUGUAUUUGGAGGAAAUCAAAGAGCAUGAACAGAAUGGAUCAGAGGAGAAAACAAGCAAGAGUGAUCACAAUGAGGAUUCAACAUCAAAGUCCACUGCUCCACAAGACAAAAGUCCUGUGGCUGAACGCCAGAGAAAAGGCUUCAAAUCCAACAAAGAGAUCUCCUCAAACCAGAAUUCUCAUUCUGUCAUUUCAAUGUCCACAGUUUCAACCUCUCCAAUGGGCGCAACUGCGAGAAACCAAUCAGGAUUUUCCCUCAUUGGUUCACCAGAACUCGAAGGUUUCGGGCAAGGAAGUCCAAAGAAACCGCGAAGCCACGAAAUGAUGCAGUCUCCGAGCAGUGUUCCAUCUAUAAACAUGGAUAUAAAGCCUGGUGAUCACACAAACAAUGAGCAAAUUUCUUUGAAAUUCGAGAGUGAGAGACAGAGCAGAGAUGGGUACUCAUUCAUGGGGAACCAGAUGAACUUCAUCCAAGGAUUCGGACAGUACCCAAUCGGAGAAAUUGGAAGGUUCGAUACAGAACAAUUCGCACCGAGGUUUUCAGGAAAUGGAGUUUCGCUCACUCUUGGCCUCCCGCAUUGUGAAAAUCUUUCAUUAUCAGGAACACAUCAAACUUUUCUCCCCAAUCAAAACAUUCAACUGGGGAGAAGAGUAGAAAUAGGCGGCGAGGGGAGCGAGUUUGGCCCCAUAAACACUCCAACACCUCACUCGUCAGCUGCAUAUGAGAGCAUAAAUAUUCAUCAGAACAGAAAGAGGUUUGCAGCACAAUUUUUGCCUGACUUUGUGGCUUGAAAAAGAGCUAUAGCUUUCAGAAGGGGGUGGUAUCUUUUCACUAUAAUCUUGCUGUUUCCUAUAGCAUUUUGGGAACAAGAAAAUGCAAUGGUAGUGUAAGGAAAUUAAGAAGAAGAAGAAGAAGAAGAAGAAGAUUAAAAAUUACUUAGUAUAGGUUUAUACUUUGCAUAGAACCAUUUGAGUUCGUAGAUAGCUUUAGGAUUUGAGCAUCUGGGUUGAGGAUUGUAUAUUAAUUUUGUAAGUUUUGAAGAUGGAUAGAUGGGAUUGAUAUGAUCAUAAGAAAUAGUUAUUUGGGUAUACCAAUAUAUAUAUUUAUUGUGAUUAUUUAUGGUGUUAAUUAUUGUAUUUCUUUCAAUAAACGAUCCAAAUCCAGGAACAACCCAUGAUAAAGCUUCA